CCACCAACUGCCAAAGCAGAGCUGUGCGCUGGGGACAAGGGGGAAAAAAAUACAAAAAAAUAAUAUAUAAAAAAAAUGUGAAAGCCGAAGACAGAAGGUCUCUUUCAGCUUUAGAGAGUCUCUCUUGACGCUUCCUUGUACUUCUAUCCAAUCAGUUUGUUAGUUAUAAGCCAGCGUCAGUAACCCAGUGAGUCUUCUUCUGCCGGAAUUAUGCCCAAACCAUUGCUUCUUUUCGCCGUUGGUGGCCGAGAGACCAAACACAUUUAUUCUUAGUCCUCCUGCUUGACCUGCUACCUCAUUCUCUGCCAGUGUUUCCUUUUCCGCCGUAAAACCAACGGAAAAAUCAGAUCGAGAACUUUGAGUUGAAGACACUUGACGUCGAUUUAAGAUAUUGUUAGCUCAUCUCCGACCUUGGCAUUCCUGGGAGUCGCCUGCUUAUUCAGUUCCCAUUAGUCUCCGGUGAGGCUCAACAGUGGCAGCGCGUGACUACUAGCGUAGAGGAGGACUCGUUUCUGGUGAAGUGUUGACAACUCAUUCUUGGUUUUCCGGUUAUUUAUUGCGAACUCAGCAGGUAGUUUGUGUUGAGGAGAAUGUAGAGAUCAUUUGAAUGGAAUCUUGAAACUGAAUCUAUCCAUGCUUUUUUCCACUUCACAUUUGCUAUCAUAACAGUAGGGGUGUAUAGUUCUGGUUCAAUUCUUUGAUGUUUCAGUUUCAGAUGCUUCAAAAUGGGUGCUGAAUGAUACUUGGUUUGAUGCCCCCAAAGAUCUGUAGAUCAAGAUUUUGCAGUUUGUCCCAUUUCCUGCAGUGUUCACUUUUGCAUUUGGUCAAGUUGUCGCCAUGAAAUUAGGUUUUUCACAAAAUGAUGUGGGGGACUCCUGUCCAGGACAGAGUUUGGAUGGAAGUUUCAGGAAGUCUAGCUCUGUUAAUAUUACAUGGGUUUCUGUUGGAUGCAGUUAUCUCUACCCGUAGCAUAUCUAGCAUUUCUACUUCAAGCAUGUUCAUUCCUACUUCUAGAAGAGUGCUCAAGGCACUAAAAGACUAUGGGAGGAAACUUGCCAACCUUGAGUUAUUUAAACAUAGUCUUGAGGAUUGGGUUAUGGAAAAUUUUCAUGCAGAUACAACUGAUGAGCAAUCUUUCAGUUCACUCUUCUCAAUUGACGAAUUGCGCAAGCUUGAUUUAGCAUUGGAGGGGGUCCUGUUUCAGCAGCUAUGCCGUAUGCCUUGCUCACCUUAUGCUUCUGGUGAUUCAAAAGAAGAUGAGUAUUUUGCAAUUGAAGAUUUUCUUCAUGCUAUUGUGAAUGGUCUAUGGCAUACAUUUUGGCGGAAAAGUGGGCCAUUGCCAUUCUUUUUAUCUUGUCCCUGUCGCCAUGGAUCAAAGUUUUACACUGUACAGAAGGCAAUAUCAAGGGGAAGACUUGAAGAGCUUUGUGGUUUAGCCUUAAUAUCAAAAACUGGGAGUGAUCCACUAGUUCAAUGGGGUCAAGUGGUGGAGCUUUCCUUAUUUAAAACAGAUAUAUUGUCAGGUAACGAGUUAAAAUUAUCUGCCAGUUGCAUAUGUGAAGCCUUGUUUUAUGGCAUUCAUAUACUAAUUGCUAGGAGUUUGAGCAAGCUCAACACAAUUGACAGUGAUUCCGUUUUUCUUUUGGUUUUUGAUUCUAAAUUUGGUGGUGUGGUGAAGCUUGGGGGUGAUCUUAGUAGACUUGAAUUGAAGUCGACUAAUCCAUAUCACUCUGUGAUUGAAUGGAUCAAAUGUCAUGCUGAAGUUAGAGUUUCCUCUGUUGAGCGGGUCUGGAAUAAGUUAGGCAAUGCAAACUGGGGGGACCUUGGAACUCUGCAAGUACUUCUAGCAACUUUUUAUUCCAUUGUCCAGUGGAAUGGACCACCAAGAAAAUCGAUUGCUUCGUUGGCCUCAGAUCAUAGUCUCCGUCUUCAGAAGCGUAGGAUAGAGUGCUGCCUUAGUGAAGGUGAAAAUGCCUGGGUACAUUUCCAACAGACGGGACAUCAAGGAGAGAUCGUAGAACUUAACCAUAGUCAUGAUUCUUCUAGAAAACAAUCAUUGCGUUUGAAGCUUAGGCAGGGUGAAGUAUUGCUGUUGGAGGACCAGCAGCAGGGGCAUAAGAGUUUUCAAAUUCAGAAUUCCUUUGUUGGAGGGAAUUAUUUACUCUAUAGUGCUGUUUAUCUAGAUAAUCCAACAGAGCUAUUGACUUUAUACGUGGGUGCCCAUCCACGUAGAUUAGAGCCAUGUUGGGAAGAUAUGAGUUUGUGGUACCAAGUACAGAGGCAAACAAAAGUACUAAACAUCUUGAAGCAGAGAGGAAUUACAAGCAAAUAUUUGCCAGAAAUAGUUGCUUCUGGCCGAAUUUUGCAUCCUGGUCCAUGUAAGAAGCAAAGCCCUGGAGGUUGUUGUGAUCACCCUUGGUGUGGAACCCCAAUACUUGUGACAUCUCCAGUCGGGGAGCAACUUUCUUUCAUAGUUGCUCAGGAUGGCUCAUUUUCCUCUGAGGAGGCAGUUCGCUGCUGCCGAGAUUGCCUAGCUGCUCUCAGAAGUGCAACAAUGGCUGGUGUCCAACACGGUGAUAUUUGUCCAGAGAACAUAAUACGCGUCAUGGACUCCCGCGGGAUAAACAGAUUCUUUUACAUGCCGAUUUCCUGGGGACGUGCAGUUCUGGAAGACAGGGACAGCCCCGGACUAAAUCUACAGUUCUCUUCAUCACAUGCACUUCAGCAUGGCAAGCUUUGUCCAUCAUCUGAUGCUGAAAGCCUUAUUUACCUCCUGUAUUUUAUUUGUGGGGGCAGUAUGCAGCAACAGGAUUCUAUUGAAGCCGCAUUGCAAUGGAGAGAGAGAAGCUGGGCAAAGCGUUUGAUUCAACAGCAACUUGGUGAGGUUUCGGCUCUUUUAAAGGCAUUUGCUGAUUAUGUUGAUAGCCUUUGUGGAACUCCAUAUCCGGUCGACUAUGACGUUUGGUUAAAAAGGCUAAAUAGGGCUGUAGGUGACUCAGCAGAUAGAGGUAAAAUGGUCCAAGAAUUAUCAAUAACGCUAAGGUUAGAGGAUGUUGCCGAGUGCUCACGAGCUUCUGGAGGUGGCAUUUAAUUGUCAUGCCCAAGGCUUUUGCUUUUGCAUUUAUACAUGGGUAAUUUUUUCAGCUAAAUUUUCUUCUGCUAGCUUUUGUGAUUCUGGCAGAUAUUUGAGAUGGCUGCUGUGAUUCUGGCACAUAUUUGAGAUGGCUGCAGUGCAAAUGUAUUAUCAUUGUUUUUUUUUUUAUUUUAUUUUAUUUUUGGGAAAUUUCCUCCCAUUUCAAGUUAAACCGACCCUCUCCUUGGAAAAGCAAUGCUGAUGGUCCAUAUGAAGAUUGACAAGAAAGGGCAUCAUAGAUGGAAUUUUCCUCUCAUUGUUCUUUUCUUUCUUUACCAGGACUAACUUAAUUUCUAGGGGUAUCAGGGGGUAUUUGGUACAAGAUGAGAAGAUGAGUAAAAGGCAAUUAUAAGAAUGAUAUUUUGUAACUUUUAUUCCUUUAUUAA